AUGGUUGGUCGUUGGUCGGAUAGUCAAUUUACGGUUUGUUCCGAAGAUUCUUUCAUUAGUGGUGUAUAUUAUAAAAAGGACAACUCUAAUAGCCUUAAAGGACCAUUAAAAGCGGCUAGACUAUGUAUUUUAAGUUUACUUGUGCCUGGUAUUUUGGUCAUUGCACCAUUGUACAUUCGUUAUCAUGUCUAUUCUGAUCAUAAAUAUCCUUUAGCUAUUACUGAUAUGAGAAUAUUAGACCAAAAAAUGUCAACAUUUUGGUGCCAACGCCAUAUAGUGAAUACUAAUGCUACUUUUAAUGCAUAUUUGAUGCCAGAAAAACCAUCUAUGUUACCAAAAAUGGAAUUUGUUGAAAUGGAGAGGCAUAUUACGUUAGAAGACGAUAUUAAAGAAUAUUGGGGAUUUUAUCUACUUAAAGAUUCAAUUGUAAAAGUUUCUACAUGCUCAAGGUGGCCUGGAGCUAGUAUAAUAGUUAUUAAAGGACACAAACAUUUAAAAGAAUGCGCUUAUAUAGGAGAUAAUUCUAGUGAAGAGGUUGAUGAAGUUGAAUCUUCUGAAGAAGGCAAUGACACACAUAUUCCAAAUUUUAUGAGAAAACUUACUUCUGGUAUGACUGUGCCCGAUAUGGCACCUGACGUGGUCUACCUUACAACUCAUCCAAAUGAUAGUUAUAUAAACCGCACAUAUUUUAAGAGAUCCAGUAAAACUGCCAAUCAUCAUUUAGAUUAUGCUGAAGAUUUAUAUCAAAAAGAAAUGAAAGAAAAAAUUGAAAACGAGGAUUAUGUAGCCCAAACAGUAAAAUCUAAGCCCGUAUUCACAAACGUUAACGAGAUCAAUAAUAUACCUCAAUCAAAAGAAUUGAUCGAAGAAUCAUUAAGAAAAUUGGGAAAUCAGGGAAAAGACGGAGCUACACUUUUACGCAAACUAAAAGAAGUUCUUCAAAAUGAUCUAAACGAGCCAAUGAAUGACACAAAUAGACUUUAUCAAAUAAUUGAAAAUGCAAUGGCUGACGAUGAUACAUCAUGGCGUGGUCCUAGACUGAGGCAUUAUCGUAGUAGAUUUAAACGAUCCACUGUAAAUGAAAAAUAUCAAGACAACUUGAGCAAAGAGUUAUUUAAACAUGACCAACAAAACGAUGCAGCCAAUGAAGAGGCCGAUGCGCUAUCAUCAGAUGGGAUUGCUCAAGUUCGUGGAAAAGUAACUGAAAACAACACGCACACGAUGAAUAAGGACCGUAGUCAUAGUGAGUUUUGGUCGUCAUUUUCCAGUAGUGAAGAAAUGCUCCUUGAAUGCGAAGGUCUUUUAUUAAGCUUACCAUUAGCUCCACAUCAUAAAUGUUUACCUCCGAACAAAGAUCCUGAUUAUGAAGCAGCCAGCCAUCCGAAUACUGUUACUUAUAAGGUUCCUGGUGAUGGAUAUUAUUUUUUCGUAUUCAACAGCGAGAACGAGAUUCAAGAUAACUUUAUACGUAUACAUUUUGCCAUCAAUAAAACCGUGUACGAUGUCUCAAAACCAAUUUCAUCUUGUCUAAAUGUAACAGGUGAAUGUCAAUUACCUUUAAAUUUUUGGUCACAGCAAACAACAGUCUUAGAAAUGUUAAAUCCUGGACAAAAUAGUGAUUCUGGAGAUGAAUUUAUAGCAAUUUCUACAUGCCAGCCCAGAUCUGCAGUAUAUGCCAUUUGUCUGAUAGCAGCACCUGUUCUGUUUGUUUUAUUUUCUUUUCAUUGA